AUGGAAUCAGACAUCAUUGAAAGUCUUGCGUCUUUGGAUUUGAUUGACGAUGACGAGAUCCAUAGCCGUCCGAUUCACCAGUUUGUUUCAGUUCCGAAGGCGCACAGCAACACCGGCAAUAACAUUCCCGGCACCACCAGCGUCCACGAGCUUCUUGAAUGCCCUGUUUGCACCAAUUCAAUGUACCCUCCAAUCCAUCAGUGUCACAAUGGGCAUACCCUUUGUUCCACCUGUAAAGCAAGGGUGCAUAACCGGUGCCCAACUUGUAGACAGGAGCUUGGUGACAUAAGGUGUCUAGCACUGGAGAAGGUUGCUGAAUCGCUUGAACUGCCCUGCAAGUAUUGCUCUCUUGGGUGCCCAGAGAUAUUUCCCUAUUAUAGUAAACUCAAACACGAGGCUGUCUGUAACUUCAGACCAUACAACUGUCCAUAUGCUGGAUCAGACUGCUCCACUGUUGGGGAUAUUCCAUUCCUUGUCUCUCAUCUCCGGGAUGAUCACAAGGUGGACAUGCAUUCCGGAUGCACUUUUAAUCAUCGUUAUGUAAAGUCUAAUCCUCGUGAAGUAGAAAAUGCCACGUGGAUGUUAACUGUCUUCCACUGUUUUGGUCAGUAUUUCUGUCUACAUUUUGAAGCCUUCCAGCUUGGUAUGGCUCCUGUUUACAUGGCAUUUCUCCGGUUUAUGGGGGAUGAAGCAGAAGCUCGGAACUACAGCUACAGCUUGGAGGUUGGAGGAAAUGGCCGAAAGCUGAUUUGGGAGGGCAACCCAAGAAGCAUAAGGGAUAGCCACAAGAAGGUUAGAGACAGCCAUGAUGGCCUCAUAAUACAGCGCAACAUGGCACUUUUCUUCUCUGGCGGGGAUAGGAAAGAGCUGAAGCUGCGGGUCACAGGACGAAUAUGGAAGGAACAGCAGAACCCAGAAGGUGGGACCUGCAUACCUCUCUGUAGCUAGCCUGGGGCGAAAGUUUGUGAAGUACCAUGUACGAUUGCAGUUCAAACUGACUGAUAAGCAGUUGGUGAGACAGCUAGAGCUUGGGGUGUCAGUUUAUAUACUUGGUAGGUAUGUAUCAAUGUCAAAGAUAGAAAAACCAUAAGCUUUUAUCCUACGAUCACUCCUUUACUUGUCUUGGAAUUACUUGACUUUAUUUGAUAUACAAAGCUCAACGUUGAGUCAGAUGAAACCUAAACAAGUAGAUCAGUGAGGAGUCAUCGUUUCACUUUCAACCAUCAUGUUUGCUAUGAAUCGGGGGCAAAAGCAGAGAUAAGAUACGUAAUCUUUAAGUCUCUCCAGCACUUAAUGUUGCAUCCUUUGGGGUUGCCAUUGAAGUCUUUGAUGGCAAACGAUCUCGAAGCUCAAAUACCGUAUGUUUCAUCAGCAGCAGCUUUUGUUUAGUGCAGUAGAUAUAGGUUGAUCGUCUCAUGAUCAUCAGAUGGUGUCGCUGUACAGUAGUGGAUUAGACCGGAUUGGCCAGGGACUCCCUCUAUUCCGAGAGUGUUUUCCUUGCCAUUUUGAUGACUCUCUGUGCUUCUUUUUCCAUGAGAGGUUGAGAGAAACGAGAAAAAAAAACUUGAAAAUAUAUGUACAUCUGUGUGAGGUUGGAAUUUGUUUCUUUUUGCUGGAAAACACUAGGCCUGAAAUAUAAAUAGAUCAUAAACAAUUCAGAUUAGGUCACAGCUUUAAUGAUAUUCCAACUUAAUGUAUUUCCAAAUUUCAAUUUGUAUAUACAAAGGGCUCACAUUUCUCCUUA